AUGACGACGAUUGGAAAAAUUGAUGUUUUUGAUGAAACCCAAGAAAGCUGGGAGACGUAUAUCGAACGAGUACAACAUUUUUUCGCUGCAAACGAUGUCGACGACAAUCAUCAAGUGCCAACUCUGCUGAGUUUGAUUGGAAGCAAAACGUAUUCAUUAUUAAAGGAUUUACUUUUGCCAGAAAAGCCUGCAGACAAGAACUAUGAUGAAAUAGUAAGUACAUUACAGAAGCAUUUAAAUCCUAAACCACUAGAAAUAGCCGAACGGUUUCGUUUUUAUAAGAGAAAUCAGAAAGAAGGGGAGAGCAUUUUAAGUUAUAUAGCCGAGUUAAAGAAAUUAACCACACAUCGCAAAUUUGGAAGUAACUUGGAAGAAACCUUGCGCGACAGAUUGGUGUGUGGAUUAAGUAAUAUUUCAAAUCUGAGUUAGUGUUUUAGACGUGGUUUCUAAAUACAAGUGCCAUGAACAAUGGCGAGGCGCAGCUGAGCCAUUGUUAAUGGCACUGGGGAUUUGGAAGCCAAUUUUAAAACACUAACGAGAAUUUGAAAUUGCUUCUCACACAUCAUUAGACUUUCAUAGCAAUGAGGCAUGAAAUUAUUAGAUAUUCAAAAAAGUGAGCGUGGGCAUUUAACGAUUACAUUCGCUUGAAAGUUUGCAUGAAGUGCAACGAAGCAUUCAGUUCGCUUUCGUCGUGAAUAGAUGAAUUUUGUUGGCAAAAGAGCAUGGUAUCUUCUUAUAAUAAAAGAAAAAGCGGUUUCGAGAACCAGAAAGUGUUGAGCACAGCAUUGUGCACAGUAUUGUCGCUCGGCUGACAAGGUUGGGGAUCCGAAAAACGAUAUAUCAGAUUGUGUGUGCGAUAAGGCGCUAUCUGGUGGAAAAUGAAAGAGCCGAAGUGAAUAUAUAUUUUAUAGACGGUAAACAUUACUGGUAAGUUGCUGUAUUAUAGUGUUUAAAGCGCUGUUUAUUAUGAUAGUUGGUAAAAAAGUUGGUUUUCCUAUAUUUAUGUAGUUUUCAAACGUUUAGGAAAAGUGUUAGCUAUAAAGUGUAGUUAGAAUAAAUUUCUAAAUACAACUUACUGUAUUUAGAAAUAACUCUAAACAUAGCAAUUAAAUAUAUUUGCAUAAUCUUUUGUUUACGCCUCAAUUUCCCUAUUGUUCAAAGCCCUUCCCACUUGAAGUAAUUAAAGUCCUGGUCUAGACGGGGUAUCCAGAUAGAUACACGUGAUGUAAAUUAAACCAUGUCAUUGGCCGAAAUGCUAUGAAUAUCUAAUGAUGUAUGAGAAGUAAUCAGAAAAUUCAGAAAUGUCUCCUUGCAGAGUCGAAAUUAAAAUUCUCCAAAGUUGUUGACAUAGCAGUUGCUAUGGAAACAGCCACUCGAGAUGCUACAGAGAUCCACAGCGAGGGUAGAGAUGAAAAACCUCUUGGUCUUGACAGACAAACUGACACUGAACAGACCCUCGAAUAGAUCAGAUAGUGGCCCACCUUCCACUGUAGUGUGUUAUCGAUGUGGAGCUAAUUCCCAUGUUGCAAAUGAGUGUAGAUUUAAGAAAGAAGUCUGUCACAAGUGUGGAAAGAGAGGUCAUAUUCAAAGAGCUUGCCAGGUACGACAAAGCCAGGGGCCCGUUAGACCCUCGCCCAGAUUAAGAUACCAGAAAUCAACCAAUGCCAUAGAGACCGAAGCAGAUGAGUAUGGACACUUGUUGAAUAACCUAGAAGUUCAUAAUGUAAACAAAUCAAACAGUGAUGUCAUAUGGGUUGACGUGAAAGUUGAAAGUCAACCACUAUCCAUGGAACUAGACACAGGAUCGGCCGUGUCCAUUUUGCCGUAUGACAUGUUCUUGAAAAGAUUUCGCGACAAGAAGUUAGAGAAAACAACCACUGUACUAAAGACCUAUACUGGUGAACUGAUCGUUCCAGUUGGUUGCCUUACCAUGCAAGUUGAAUACUUAGAUCAUUCAUGUCUAUUGCCAUUCCAUGUAGUCCAGUCUAAGGGUCCACUGUUAAUGGGUCGAGAUUGGCUUCACAAGCUUCGCCUCAACUGGAAAACCAUUAAGUUGUUGAAAUCCUCAGAUCCCAGCCAUAGAAACCCUGGCACGACUACACGAGAGAAGCUGAAAACCUAUUGGAUACGUAUGCAGAGGUUUUUGAAGACAAGCUGGGAACUUUCAAAUCUGCCAAAGCAAGGAUAA